AUGGAAGAUAUCAGUCAAGGUUCAAAUUAUUAAUAAUUUUGGGCUGUUGGUUCAGGAAGCUCUGGUUUGCUAUUGAAUGGAUCAUUAGAAGACAUUUAUACUUUUAAAUAAAUUGAUGUUAAGUCAGUUUUUGGAGAUAAUUUAUAGAUUACUUCACUAGAAAUAGACGGAAUGAUGGGAUUCUACUUAAAUUCUAAAGGAGAAGUAUUUAAAUUUGGAGAAUGUGAAUAUGAUGAAAAGAAUAAACCUGUUGUUAAUCCUAUUCCAAAGUAAAUUAAAUCAUUUAGUGUCCCUGUUAUUAAAAUAUCAUGUGGAUGGUCUCAUGCUAUGUUUGUUGAUGCUAAUCACCAAAUUUAUGGAGUUGGGUCAAAUAAAUUUGGAGAAAUAGGCUUAGGGAAUUCUAAAAAAUUGUCUGUAGUUCCUUAAAUAAUUCCUUUCACAGAAACCUAAUUAGAAGAUGUAGUGCAUCAUGAAAUUAUGGAUAUUAAGUGCACCUUUAGAUAAAGUUUUAUUAUUACAAAACAAUAAAAUACUGAGAGUGAUACUUCUUAAUAUUCAUAUAAAUUUUACUGUACAGGUUAAAAUAAAAGCUUUGAACUAGGAGGCUUUAAAGGAGAAAAUAUCAUUUACAAUUUUAAAUAAAACCAAUCUCUUCUUGAUACAGUAGGGUCUAUUUAAACUUUUGUUUGCGGAUAUAAAUUUGGUUGUAUUCUUAAUAACAGUAACCAGUUAUAUGGCUGGGGAGAUAAUAAAUAUGGUCAAUUAACUGGAAAUGAAGCAAAUUAUGAAAAGGUAUUUUGCAUCUCUAACGAUGUGCUUAAAGUAUCUGCUGGAUGGAACCAUUUAUUGAUUCUUAAAAGUGAUAAAAAGUUAUAUUCUGCUGGAAGAGGAGAUAUGGGGUAAAUAGGAGAUGGAUAGCUAAAAAACUCGAAUUCCUUCACAUAAAUUCAAGGAGUAGAAGGAGAUAUAGAAUUAAUUCAAUGUGGUUCAGAGGCUAAUUAUGUCAAGUCAGAUAAGGGAAUCUACGUCUGGGGAUGGAAUGAGCAUGGCAAUCUAGGUAAUGGAUAGCUUUAAAAUCUAAAUUAGCCUACUUUGUUAGAUUUUUAAAAUUACAAAUAAAUAAACUAAAUAAAAUCAGGAGGAGCAGUUUGCUAUUUAAUAGAAAAUAGUAUGAUAAAAUGA